AUGGAGUCCAGAGCGUCUCUCUCCGUUCUCGCCCUGCUGCUUGGCUUCUCGCAAGCUCUCCAUCUCGACCAACCUCAGCACGUGGACAUCACGACACAGAUUCUCACCACCAACAACGGAUCCAGUGAACUGCUGUUGGAGGGAGACAUACUCUUGCCAAGAAGCAGGAACGCUCUGGUCUGCGCCACCAAAAACUGCUUUUGGAAGAAGUCCUCAAAUGGCUUAGUGGAGGUGCCUUUCACACUGAGCCGUGUUUUCUCUUCCUCUGACAAGACUGUAAUUGCCAACGCCAUGGCCACCUUCCGCAGCAAAACCUGCAUUAGUUUUGUUCCCAGGACAAAUCAAACUGACUACCUGAGCAUCGAGAGCAAAGACGGAUGCUACUCUAAUCUGGGCAGAACAGGUGGUGCUCAGGUGGUCUCUCUCAGCAGGUUGGGUUGUGUCUACUACGGCAUCGUCGAGCACGAGCUGAACCACGCGCUCGGUUUCUACCACGAGCAUACUAGGAGUGACCGUGAUCAGUACGUCACCAUCAACUGGGAAAACAUCGACCCAAAAAUGCAGUCUAAUUUCAACCUACAGAAAACCAACAACCUCAACACGCUGUACGACUACUCCUCUGUGAUGCACUAUGGGAAAACAGCUUUCUCCAUCAACGGUCAGGACACGAUCACUCCUAUCCCUGAUCCUUCAUUGAAGAUUGGACAGAGAAAUGAGUUGUCCGCCAUCGACAUCCUGAGGAUCAACACUCUCUACAAGUGCUGAACUUGGUCUUUUGGCUUGAUUUAACUUUGCUUUAAUAUUGUAGAACUGUUAAUGAUA